AUGAGACUAGCAUUUCAUAGUCAAGACCUGCCUGUACAUGACUCAUCAAAACAAAUAACACCAAGUGACCAGGAGUCAAAGGAUGAAAUUGUGGAUAAAGAAAUAUCAGACAAGGCCUAUAUCCUAUCCAUAUAUCCUAUAACCUACCCCUAUAUCCUUGCCUAUACCUCGUAUAUCCCAGCCUAUAUCCUAUCCAUAUAUCCUAUAACCUACCCCUAUAUCCUUGUCUACAUAUCAUUGUCUAUACCUCCCUAUAUCCUAUCCAUAUAUCCUAUAACCUACCCCUAUAUCCUUGCCUAUACCUCGUAUAUCCCAGCCUAUAUCCUAUCCAUAUAUCCUAUAACCUACCCCUAUAUCCUUGCCUAUACCUCGUAUAUCCCAGCCUAUAUCCUAUCCAUAUAUCCUAUAACCUACCCCUAUAUCCUUGUCUACAUAUCAUUGUCUAUACCUCCCUAUAUCCUAUCCAUAUAUCCUAUAACCUACCCCUAUAUCCUUGCCUAUACCUCGUAUAUCCCAGCCUAUAUCCUAUCCAUAUAUCCUAUAACCUACCCCUAUAUCCUUGCCUAUACCUCGUAUAUCCCAGCCUAUAUCCUAUCCAUAUAUCCUAUAACCUACCCCUAUAUCCUUGCCUAUACCUCGUAUAUCCCAGCCUAUAUCCUAUCCAUAUAUCCUAUAACCUACCCCUAUAUCCUUGUCUACAUAUCAUUGUCUAUACCUCCCUAUAUCCUAUCCAUAUAUCCUAUAACCUACCCCUAUAUCCUUGCCUAUACCUCGUAUAUCCCAGCCUAUAUCCUAUCCAUAUAUCCUAUAACCUACCCCUAUAUCCUUGUCUACAUAUCAUUGUCUAUACCUCCCUAUAUCCUAUCCAUAUAUCCUAUAACCUACCCCUAUAUCCUUGCCUAUACCUCGUAUAUCCCAGCCUAUAUCCUAUCCAUAUAUCCUAUAACCUACCCCUAUAUCCUUGUCUACAUAUCAUUGUCUAUACCUCCCUAUAUCCUAUCCAUAUAUCCUAUAACCUACCCCUAUAUCCUUGCCUAUACCUCGUAUAUCCCAGCCUAUAUCCUAUCCAUAUAUCCUAUAACCUACCCCUAUAUCCUUGCCUAUACCUCGUAUAUCCCAGCCUAUAUCCUAUCCAUAUAUCCUAUAACCUACCCCUAUAUCCUUGCCUAUACCUCCCUAUAUCCUAUCCACAUAUCCUAUCCUAUAUCCUAUAACGUACCCAUAUAUCCUUGCCUAUACCUCGUAUAUCCCAGCCUAUAUCCUAUCCAUAUAUCCUAUAACCUACCCCUAUAUCCUUGCCUAUACCUCGUAUACCCCAGCCUAUAUCCUAUCCCCAUAUCCCUAUAUCUCCUGUCUAUAGCUCCUCUAGAAAUGGCUGGGACCGACCAGCUAACUUGA